AUGGCCGCUGCCAGCCCACGAUAUGUCGAUAUAGAUGCAGGAAUCAUGCCUGACGGGUCCUGUCCAAGCAUCGCCCCUUCUACCGUCUCUUAUUCUCACUCUGACCAUAACUCAUAUUCUGAAGGCCCACACAUUUCAUCGUUCGGCACAUCACCUGUGCUCGAUGAUCACUUAUUAACACCUGCGUCAAGCGCCGCAUCACCCCAGCUACAACAACGCUCCUGCAGACAGUCACCCUUUGAGCAGCAGCCAAUAGACCCUACGCCCUGCUCUCAACAGCCAACGCCACCGCCUCACCACAACACAACCACAGCAACAGCAAUGUACGCUUAUCCGGACUACAUGAACAGCGUCAGCCACGUCACCUCCUCCAUGUCUAUGCCCACCACUGUAGCAGAACAAUCUCAGGACCUCAUGGGCUCUUACCUUCACCACUCCCCUGGCCACGAGGAGCCGCCGCCGCCGCCGUCCACGCCAUACUAUGGCUCCUACAGCGUCUCUGUGCCCCCAGAGCCCACGGACUCGCCGUACUACCUACAAAACGCGGCCCUCGAUAACAACCACAUGAGAAUGUUGCAGGCAGAUGUGAACGGUGGCGGCGCAUACACACCCCGCCGCCUGGCCCCGCCUAGCCAUGCACCUCCGCCCAUGAGCAGCACCCUUCUUGCGGCUUCUUCGCAUAACCCUCACGCCUACCAGCGUGAAUUCCAGAUAUCCUUUCCCAAGCUGUCACCGCACGGCCGCCAUGCUUCGCUCCCCAUUAGGCGAGAUCCGGCGCGCAAGGCGAAAGCGCGGAGGAAUAAGAAGGGUUCGCUGAGCCCAUCCGCACAAAAGUCCAUCCGAGUCGGCAGCGUAGGCGCUCCUGCUGCUCCUGAUAAUACUGUUGCGAAGGAGAACGAGGUUCUAGAAGAAGAAGUUACGCUGGACGACAAUACGCCAGCUGAUCUGAGACGGCUGUGGGACAUUCGGAAGAGGUGGCUGGGCAAGAAGGGCAACGGCAUGUGGGAAGAUAUCAUGGUCGAGUACCAGGGAGAGGAGAAUUUCAGCGAGAACAAGAAGACGCAGAUCAAAGCGGCGCUGCAGAUGAAAAUUCACAGGAUGCUUCUCAAGCACGGAAAGUGGCCAACGAGAGAUGAGGCCGCACUUCUUCGCGCUUACAGGCGAUGGGAGGAGAGCCGCUACAGCGAGAUUCUCCGGCUCUAUGAGGAGGAGAAAGAGUUAGCAGGCGAGAAGAAGGCCUACGAGUGGAAAUCUCAGCACAUUGAGGCGCAGUUGGUCAAGAUGGGCCUUGAGGAGCCCGAGCGAGACCGCGACUCCAAGGCCCGCAAGAGAAAACAGGCGGCCGCCCGGCAUCACACGCGCACGGGCAGUGCACAGCACCACGUCGGUGGUCUCCUGAGACAUGUACCUCCUCCGCAGCACAGGCUUCCUGGCAUGUUUGAAAACCCCUUUGGCGAUCCUCACUACAUGGCACAACAACAGGGCCACUACGAUCUUCGUGCCGCCUAUGAGGCCGACCUGGCCGCUCUUGGUGCGCAGCCUCCAGUGCUGACAGAGGUUCAACAAGACCGUCUGGUCAACGACAUCUUGGAACGGAAUCCGUUCGAGGCCUCGCCUGAGACUCAUCAUCAUCAUCAUCACAAUCACCAACAAGAUGACGCAGACGUCAAGAUGUCCGACUAUGCACAGCCCGAAGGCGAUGUUCUGCACUCUCGCACGCGCAGUCGAUCUUCUACUACUACUCCUGCCGCGACUAUGACUACUACGACUGCCACCAGUACUCCUGCCACUACUACUGCCUCAAUGCUCUCCAUCAACGGUGUACUGUCCCUGGGCGCACCACCUGUUCAGCAGCUACAUCACCGGCCGUCUCAAUCACCUGACAUCAAUGCGCAGCGCUGUGCAGCAAUGGCAAGGCAGCUCUACGUUAUUGAAACUUUGAUGGCAUUCCUGGGGGAAAACAUAUUACCAACCAGAAAACGACAGGGCAGAGAGAUGGCAGCUGUUGAAACGUUAUUCAUGUUUGCGUUAAUUUCAUUCUUGCUUAUACUCGCUUGUCAUCUGUGGAUACAACCGGGUCUCAUGUUUGACAAUGACGAGUUUGUUUGGCUUCAUGCUUUGGACGAGCACAAGUUGUCUGAUAAGGGAGAAGGGCAGAAAGAGAGGAGGGAAGGAAAGACAUUGGCGUUGUGA